UAAGCUAUCAUAGGCUUUCCGGCUUUUGGAUUAGUCCAUGACGACCUGCUUUUUAACGACCUCUGAAGCAGAUAAUUACUCAAGAGUGUAUAAUAGUGUGUUUUGAAACUGUAUGGGACUAUUCCCCCCUGUUGGGGAAUGGACGGCUAGUCUUAGCGUUGGUUCGCGCUUUCGACCGAUACUCCACUUGCUAGCAAGCUAAAGUUAGCUUUAGUGCGUUCAACCUUUCUCUAGAAGCUGCUGCUGUUCUAUGAAGAAAGACCUUGACAUCGGGUGGGACCACCAAGCCAGGAAGCAGCUCCUUGUAUGAUGUUGUGCCCAUUCAGCCCAACGUUGCCAUCUGUUCCUGCUCACAUCCAUCAAUGGCCAGAAACCACCCUGACUCCUGUUCGCCACUCGCCAUCCCGAGCACAAGCAGCAGUCACUGCCCCAACAUGGAGCCCUGCGCCGUAGGAGCACCCAGCGGCCCCCAGAGCGCCGACGCCCGGGCGCAGCCGGCCGCCCAGACACUGCAGCCACGCAAGAAGAAGCCUGAGGACUUCAAGUUUGGCAAGAUUCUGGGAGAGGGCUCCUUCUCAACGGUUGUUCUUGCAAGAGAGUUGGCCACAGGGAAAGAAUAUGCAAUUAAGAUUUUAGAGAAGCGCCACAUUAUGAAGGAGAACAAAGUCCAGUACGUGAAAAGAGAACGAGAUUUGAUGUCAAAUCUUGAUCACCCGUUCUUUGUAAAGCUCUACUUCACAUUUCAAGACGAUGAGAAGUUGUAUUUUGGUCUUAGCUACGCUAAGAACGGGGAACUGCUAAAAUACAUUCGCAAAAUUGGUUCGUUUGAUGAGACCUGUACGCGGUUCUACUCGGCCGAAAUAGUUUGUGCUCUAGAAUAUUUACACAAAAAGGGGAUAAUUCACAGAGAUUUGAAACCAGAAAAUAUUCUUUUGAAUGAGGAGAUGCACAUCCAGAUAACAGACUUUGGAACAGCGAAACAGUUAUCGUCUGACAGUAAACAAGAUGAGUCAGAGAUAGCAGCAGCCCCAACUCCCCAUCCCAGCGUAGCUCCUCCUCCCUGUUCCAGUGAAAGAGCAAGAGCAAACUCCUUUGUUGGGACAGCGCAGUACGUGUCUCCAGAGCUGCUAACAGAAAAAUCAGCCUGCAAGAGCUCCGAUCUGUGGGCUUUGGGGUGUAUUAUCUAUCAGCUGGUAGCUGGUUUACCACCAUUCAGAGCUGGAAACGAGUACCUAAUAUUUCAGAAAAUAAUAAAGCUGGAGUAUGAGUUCCCAGAGAAAUUCUUCCCCAAAGCCAAGGAUCUAGUUGAGCAACUUCUGUCACUGGACCCAUCCAAGCGGCUCGGUUGUGAAGAGAUGGGAGGGUACGACCCGCUGAGGCAGCAUCCCUUCUUCGACACCAUUUCCUGGAGUGACUUGCACCUGCAGACGCCCCCAAAGCUCACACCUUACCUGCCAGCGAUGUCUGAAGACGAUGAGGACUGCUACGGGAAUUACGACGACCUCCUGAGCCAGUUCAGCAACAUGCAGGUGGCGCCGUCGAGCUCGUCACACUCCCUGUCGCCACACGACUCGGCGCCGCCGCAGCGGUCCAGCAGCAACAUCGAGCAGUACAUCCACGACCUGGACAACAACUCGUUUGAACUGGACCUGCUGUUCACCGAGGAAGAAAAGAAAUUAUUGCUGGACAAACAGACCAAUGGGAACCCUUGGCAUCAGUUUGUGGAGAAUAAUCUGAUCCUGAAGAUGGGACCAGUGGAUAAACGCAAGGGCCUGUUCGCCCGCCGGAGGCAGCUGCUGCUGACCGAAGGGCCACACCUGUACUACGUGGAUCCCGUCAACCGGGUCCUGAAGGGGGAGAUCCCCUGGUCCUUCGAGCUGCGCCCCGAGGCCAAAAACUUCAAAACCUUCUUCGUUCACACGCCGAACCGGACGUACUACCUGAUGGACCCCAGUGGAAACGCCGACCGGUGGUGCAAGAAGAUCCAGGAAGUCUGGAGAAAAAUCUACCAGAGGCACCAAAACCCAGGCCUAUAGGAGCACAAUCUGAGGCCAAUCACUGAGCAGAAUAACGCCCUCUUUAGUGCCCUUCAUCACCGCAACGUAAACAAACUCUUAGAGACGCUGGCAUCUAGACCUCGUUUGUUUUCCUGAGUAGAUCCAUGGGGGGAAAAUACAACUUUGGAUUCAGGGUUGCUUUGCUUGUUCUUUGUGCUCUAUGUGAGGCUUCUGUUGCAUUUUUUCCAUGUAUGGAUGAUGAGACUUCCACCAUUUUGUACAUUCUGCUUCAGGUGGGGGUGAGUUUGGGGUUGGGGGGGUGGAGCGAGUUUGGGUACUGCUAGGACUAUCCUGAACGCACGAACUGGUUUCCUGCUUCAACGAUAACACAGAAUCUAGCUUUUAUGAACCAGAGCCUGACAAGAUAUCUUUAAUUAAAACCAUAUCCUAAUCAUACGUUAUAUGUGCGAGUUGUCGUAAAAGCCCGACUUUUAGUGCAUUUACUCUCUAGCUGUGACGGAUACUGUAAACUGAUUCAGUCUCACUUAAUUCCACAGAUCCUCUUUAUUUUUUAUUUUCUCCGUUUAUUCCCAUGGUGUUGGAGUUAUUUUUCAGUCUCUUGGUACUUGCAGUCCAACUAAAGCGGAGAGUGCUGGUCUGCAGUGAGACGUGGGUCUGAGUGAGCCUUCACAGCUGUUACUAAGGUUGUUUUUGUUUUUUUUCUAUCGGGGCGGAUAAACAUGCCACUAGCUUCAUCACUUGCUUCUCUUUUCUGCAUGGCCAGUUUUGUUCCUAUGACUUCUCACUUUUGGGCACUGGAGAUGUAAUUUAAGUCAAAAAGAAAAUGGGUAUUUUUGACAGCAUUGGCAACCUAUAAUUUGUUGGGUUUUUUACCAUUUUUAGUGAUUUUCAUGUCAUGAAUCCACUAAAUUGACACUUUUUUUUUUUUCAAAUGAAAUGGAACGGCUCAUCUUUACUGAAAAUAAAAUCUGAUGUGCUGAACACAUAGAUAUUCAGUGCAUAGCCAGUUUUUUCCCCACAGUUGGGAUGGAAACAAAUAUUUUUACAGCAUUGGAAACCUAUAUAGUUGUUUUUGUACCAUUUCGCUGGUUUUCAUGGCAUGAAUUCAAGUAAAGUCCUGUUUCUUUUUGUCAAGGGUAUUUUUGACAGCACUGGGAACCCAUACAAAUUGGAUGUUUUGAAUUAGUUUUUGUGCCAUUUUUCUUUCUCUCGUUCUGUUAAUUUCCCUGAGUUCCUGUGUUGUUUUUGUCUUUCUGAUGGAAUAGAACGGCUCAUCUUGGUUUUGUAAUACUGAAAAUAAAAUCCUGUUUGCUGAACACAUAGAUAUUCAAUGCAUAGACAGGUUUUUCCCCACAGUUUGCGCACUGGAGUUGUAGCUUAAGUAAAAAAAUAACAGUAUUGGCAACCCUUACAAAAAUGGAAUGUUUUAGAUCAGUUUUUGUACCAUUUAACUUGAUUUCAAGGAGUGAAUUCCCCUAAAUUUCUUUUUUCCUGACAAUUAUUCACCUUUAAUGAAAAUAAAAUCUUAUGUGCUGACCUUUUAACAUAUUUAGUGCAUAAACGGCUUUUUUUCUACAGUUUGGGCACCAGAAAUGUAGAUUAAAUUUAAAAUGUAUAAAUAUAUAUAUAUUUUUGACAGCAUUGGUAACCGUUACAAUAAUUGGAUGUUUUGAAUUUUACUGGAUUUUGUUGAGUUAGUUCCUCUAAAUUCCCCGGGAGUUUUCUGAUGAAAUAGAAUGGCUCAUCUUUACUGAAAAUAAAUUCUCGUGCCAACCACAGACAUUUAGUUUAAUUUAAAAAAGAAAAAGAAACAAGUGGGUUUAUUUUGACUGCAUUGGCAACCUUUAAUUUGUGUCCCAUUUUACUGGUUUUCAUGUUGAAAAUUCCUGUUUAUAUUUUAUUUUUUGUUGGAAUAGAACGGCUCAUCUUUGCUGAACAUAACAUUUGAUAUGCUGACCAUAUUUUUGACACCAUUGGCAACCUUUAAAAAAUUGGACGUUUUGAAACUUGAACUUUUUGUAGUGUUUUACUGGUGUUCGUGGCGUAAAUUCCCGUUUCUAAUUUAAGUUUUUGUUGGAAUAGAACGGCUCAUCUUUACUGGAAAUAAAAUCUCGUGCUGACCUCCCCAUGCUGAACAGAGACACAUUCACCUACUAUCACUCUCAGAAGCAAUCAGAAAAAGCUGUUGUCAACGGACAAGAUGGCUGCCUCAACGGGCUCUCUGCCCUUCUUCUUUUUAUUAUUAUUAUCUUGGAUUUUUUUUAUUUCACUCUCGUUUUUGGCCCAAUAGAAAUUAAAGCGAAUGAUUUAAUUUGUGCUUGUUUUAAAUUUUUUUAGCUGUAUGUUUUCUCAUGAGGCUUUUAUUUUUGACCUUGAGGUCGUUUGCGGACGCCGCUCUUCCUUCAGCUGAGUGUGUGCAGUGAGGGGUUGGAUGUCAGUUUAAGAAAAUCCAUCUGAUCCAAAUAAACCAAUAAAAUUGCUGUAUCUGUCUGUAAAGUUGAGGGAACACCAGAAGAGUGUUUUUUUUUUUUUUUUCUUGAUCUAAAAAAACCCCAAAUCUGUUCUGAAUCAAGUCGAUGGCGGUCGGUUACAUCGUGUAUGAAAUACUCUACCUGGUUUGUAACUGACGAGAACUGUGAUGUACAGAUGAUGUAUUAUUAAAUCUGAAGCGAGUAAUGCAAUGAUAUUAGGAUACAGUUUUUGUAUUUUUAUUCUUGUAUAAGGUUAUUGAUGGCUAUUGUUUUAGCCUAUAGUUCAUUCUGUGUUAUUUAAAUUCUAAUAUAUGAAUCAUAUUUGGAUUGAAGUCAUGUUCAGGGGCCAUGUUGUGUAUGUAUUGAGAUGUAAAGCCUUUGAAUGUGAAUAAUUAUUGUAAACUAUAAUAUUUUACAGCUUUUUUCUUACUAUAUCAUACAUUUUCUAUUUGCUCAGUGACUUAAUCAUAUUCUGAUAAUUUAAUGAUUCUGUUCAUUCUCUCUCUGAUUAUUUGUGCGCUAGGUCAGUAGAUGUUGAAUGAUGAAUUUUCCACUUAAUGCUUGGUAGUCCAGUGAUUAAAGCAUGUAGGGAUUUAGGCAUUCAAAUGAAAGCCAUGUGUCUUGUCUUCUGUUUAACGACCUUCGCCACGACACUGAGCUGCGUCCGGCGGAGACGACAUCUCACGUUUCUGCAGCAUGUAAAUAAAGCACCGACCCAUUA